AGGGGGGGGCCUGGCACCCCCUGACCCUGUCGGGCACCACCCAUCAGGAGUGGACCUGGCACCCCCUGUGGCCUGGCCGGUUGGUCAAAUAUCAACUUCAAUCUAUCACGGUGGCAGUCACGAGGAGUUGGAGUUGGAGUUGGAAGCGGCAUGGGCCUGGCUCCUGGCCGCCUGGGCACUGGCCCAAUUAAUAAAUACACCUUUAUUCCUGCCGCCAGACGCAGACGCCAAUACCGAGUCGUCCAGUCGCUCCUCCGUUUGUUCUGUUCCUUCUCCUGCCGCCGCCGCCGCCAGUCAAAAAAAAGACGAGGAAUCAAUCCAAGGAUUCAAGGAUGAGGCCAGCCAUGCGCUGAUGCGUAGCAGGCAGCAGCGUCUCCUGGAUUUGUGGUGGUUGACAUUCCAAGGUUGUCCCUUUAGAGGCCAUGAUGAAUCUCCAGAGUCAAUAAAUAGAGGUAACUUUAUUGAAAUGGUCAAGCUUUUGGCUUCCUAUAACACGGAGGUUAAUGAGGUUGUUUUGGAAAAUGCUCCCAAAAAUGCAAAAUACACUUCACCUGAUGUCCAAAAGGAAAUUCUAAGCAUACUUGCUCGAAAAGUGCAGAAAUCAAUUAGAGAAGAAAUUGGCAAUAGCAAAUUUUGCAUAAUGGUUGAUGAAGCUCGAGAUGAGUCCAAAAAAGAGCAAAUGGCGAUAGUCCUCCGAUUUGUCAACAAGGAAGGCCUUAUAAAGGAGCGUUUCCUUGAUCUGAUCCAUGUUAGUGAUACUACAGCUUUGACACUUAAAGAGUCAAUUUGUGCUGUCCUCUCAGCUAAUGGCCUAAGCAUACAAGAUAUAAGAGGUCAAGGUUACGAUGGGGCCAGUAACAUGAGAGGGGAGUGGAACGGAUUGAAAGCUCUAAUUCUCAAUGAGUGCCCAUAUGCAUAUUAUAUUCAUUGCAUGGCUCAUCAGCUUCAGUUGGCCCUCGUAGCAGCAUCAAGGGAGGUACAUGAGGUACACAAUUUUUUUCAGCAUGCAAAUUUCAUCAUAAAUGUUGUUAGUACUUCUCCUAAGCGCAACGAUGAGUUGCUAGCAAAACAAGCAGAGGAAAUUGCCCAUGAAAUUGAAUUGGGAGAGCUUGACACAGGACGAGGGGCAAAUCAGAUUUCCUCCCUACAAAGGCCAGGGGACACUAGAUGGAGUUCCCACUAUAGGUCUAUUCUAAGCUUAAAGAAGAUGUUUGGUGCCACAGUUUCAGUCCUACGCAACAUUGCUAAUGAUCGUUCAGUUUCAAAGUAUUCUCGGGGAGAUGCCAGUGGUGCCUUACGAAUCAUUGUCACAUUUGAUUUUGUGUUUAUUCUACUCCUAAUGGAAAAGAUUAUGAAGAUCACUGAUGUAUUGUGCCAGACACUCCAAAAGAAGAGCAUUGAUAUCUUAAAUGCGGUGGAUUCUGUUUCUACCACAAAAGUGUUGCUUGGUGAGUUGCGAGAUAAUGGUUGGGAACCUCUUCUUGAGGAGGUCAAAUUAUUUUGUGGAAAGCACGAAAUUGAUAUUCCGGAUCUGAGUAAGAAGUAUGUUUUUCCCCCCAAAUUAUUUAUUCUUUUGUUAAAUUGCACUUGUUCAUCAAUCAAUCCAUAUCUUCCCAUUUGUAGGUAUGUUGAUGAAUUGGCUGCAUCAAUCAGUACUGAUGAUAUUAUUACAGCAUAUGAUCUUGCUGCUAGUCGAAGAGCUAAAUUUAAAUUGAUAGAUAUGUAA